AUGAGAUUUAGCGUUACACUUGAACUUUUGUUGGUUAUCUUUUGUUUGCAUAAAACUGAAGUGUGUUCAUUGAAUAUUUUGGGUCUGUUCCCGUAUCCUGGAAAAAGUCACUUCUUUGUAUUUCGUCCAUAUUUGGAAGAAUUGGCCAAAAGGGGCCAUAACGUGACUGUUGUAUCGCAUUUUCCGCAGAAAGUGCCUCACCAAAAUUAUCAUGACAUUAGUUUGGCGGGAAAAACGAAAAUUUUAGAAGACGUCUUCCCAUUGCAAAAGUCUUAUUGGACUGUAAUUAAUAUUUUGCAUUUUAUUCUCGAAAAAGGAAAUAGUGACUGCAAAACAUUAUUAAAUCAUGAAGAUGUCCAAAAACUGUGGAAAACUAAACAGCACUUUGACCUUGUGGUUACGGAACAAUUUGUGAGUGACUGUAGUUUGGGUCUUGCCUAUAAAUUGGGGGCUCCAGCAAUCGGGAUCAACUCACACGUGAUUGUUCCUUGGCAGUACGAGCGUUUGGGUAUCCAGUACCAUCCUGCUUACGUACCAUUCCUGUUCCUGGAAGGCGGAUCCAAACCGUCACUGUACCAGAGAUUUGAAAGGACCAUUCUUCACAAUUAUUUUAAUUACCUAUACAAAUAUAAAUAUCAACCGAUCGACGAAGAGACACUCGCUGAAUAUUUUGAUGAUAUUCCGCCUUUGGAUUAUUUGGCUCGAGAAAUGAAAUUGUUACUUUUAUAUCACAAUUUUGUAUUAUACGGGUCUAACUUGCUACCUUCGAACGUUAUUGAAGUGGGAGGAUAUCAUGUAGCGAAGCCACAGGAAUUACCUCAAGAUUUGAAAAUAUUUAUUGAGGAAUCCGAGCAUGGUGUAAUCUAUAUUAGUUUUGGAUCAAUGUUACGUGCCAGUUCCACUCCGCGUGAUAAGCUUGAGGCUAUAAUUGCUGCUCUGUCGGAGUUACCACAAAGGGUUAUAUGGAAAUGGGAUGAAGCAUCGUUACCUGGAAACCCGAAGAAUAUACUGCUUUCAAAAUGGCUACCGCAAAACGAUAUUUUAGCUCAUACGAAAGUGCUGGCGUUUUUCUCUCACUGUGGACUACUGGGUACCACCGAAGCUAUUUACCAUGGUGUACCCAUGAUCGGCAUGCCUGUCUUUGGGGACCAACCUGGGAAUGCCGCUGCUAUCGAAGAAAGUGGCCUUGGACUCCAAAUUCAAAUCACGGAACUUAGCAAAGAAGUUCUGCUAGAAAAAUUCCGGACCAUUUUAAACCCUGAAUUCAGGAAGAAAGUGAAAUUUAUAUCUAUGGCCUGGAAAGAUCGUCCUAUCUCAGCUAUAGACAACGCCGUUUUCUGGACGGAAUUUGCAGCCAAGUAUAGCAAUAUCACGUUUCGAAGUAGAUCAGCUGAUGUACCAUUAUACCAAUAUUUGUAUUUAGACGUGUUUGUUGUCUUUACGGCUAUCGUUAUAUGUAUUGGUUUUCUAGUUAAUUACAUUAUAACAUUGUUACUACGUCGUAUUGCAAAGAAAUUCAAACAAAACUAG